AACUCAAUAUUAUUUAACCGAAUUCAAAUUGAACGCAGAAUAUGGACUCAUUACGGAGGCGCCGGUGAUUACGCGCCCCCAACGUGGUGUCAGAAGGAUUUGUACCUCGGGCCAUCUUACAACGAGCUGAUGAACGGCCGAUACGCCCCGAUUCCCAUAAGAUUCGCGGGCGCAAGCCUGGAAGAUAUCAAGACCGAGCUGGAGGAUUUUUCUCCGAUCAAGAUCGAGAAGGUGACACGUAGCUGGCCCACGUGCCGGUGUUUCAAGGAGAAACAUAAGAACGACGUUCUCUGCGACGUGCUGUUCAUCAGGGACCACAAUCGGAAAUAUUACAACACGAGCAAAUUCUACACGACUUGUCAGGGUUGUCCCCGCAAUCACUUGCAAGCGAAGAUCUUGGAGGACAGGGCGAUCGAGAAGAGGAGCGUGUGGUACAGGCAGGACACGUUGGACGAGGUGUUGGCGAAAGAGGAGAGGGAGGAGGCGAGAAGUCCCAAGAAGGGACUGACGAGAAGGAUAUCUCGAUUCGGAUUCGGGGUGCCGGAGAAAUGCCACUCGGGAUUGGUUCUCGGCCCCAUUAACGCGGAACGUGAGUUUACCAGGGAUAUGAGCGCGAAACAGGUGCAAAAUUUUUACGCUCUGAUGGAAAACGGUGUGAAGAUUUGGGAGGGUAAGAAGAAGGGUCGAUGCAAGUCGUUGUACUGCAAACACUUCAGGAGAUACGGUAUCUGCACCGCCCCUCAUUUCCACUACGCCCUCGGCCCCUGGUCGGUGCAACCCGGAGAACGAUGCACCCUUCAAGGUCGAAGGUCCUUCAGCUUGGUCACGAUUCGUCGGCAACCGAUCGACUCGGAAUUGAAACUUCCUGUAUCCCGCCGCCAAUUGGCGGCCAGUAUUUCGUACACCGCUGUUCAAUCGGGUAGGUUCGGCUCGAUCGGAGCCACCACCAAGGGCCGUAUCGUGCUGUUUUGGACCCCGGAAUAUUGGUACAGGCCCAAGCCCGCCUCUGCCGCUUACAGGGAAGUGAGGCAACACUUGACCCAUUUGAGAAAUUUUCGCCAAGAGAAGGAACGGCCGUCGAAACGGAAGUUAUUCGGCAGGCGAAAAUACCAAUACGAGGAUUCCAUUAUCGUCCCCGAGGAAAAGUACAGUUUCCUAGAGAGGAUCUUCUCCGGGAAUGGAUCUUGCAAGAAGAAGAAGAAGUUGGAAAAUCAAGAGAGCGGCACGAAUGACCAGUUGAGACGAUUAUUAAGAAUGGAUUUCAGAAUAACGAUCUGGGAUAUAAACAGCGACAUCCUGGCGAUGCAGUUGACCCUGAUCGACCGCGAUCUCUUCGUUCGAAUCCCGACCGAGGAAAUCGAGACAUUGGUGUUUCAAAGGAGUUCGAGGAACGCGCCCAACUUGGCGGCGUGGAUAGCGUUCAGCCAUCGUAUCUCUUGCCUGAUGGCGAGCGAAAUUCUUGCCGUGAAAAAAUUACCCAUGAGAAGUAGGAUUGUCGCGAGGCUGGUGAACGCUGCCAAGAAGUGUUACGCCAUGGGAAACUUUCAUUCGUGUAGAUCGAUCUUGGCCGGAUUGCAGGCGCCACCGAUUUUCAGGCUUCGAAAGACGUGGAAUUACUUGCGUACUCAUCACGCCAAUAGAUACGAAACCAUGGAAAGACUUUGCAAGAUUUACAAGCAUCCGUGUACCCAGAUGUAUCGACAAGCUUGGGCCAAAGUCGAAACUUGUAAUUCCUCCUUUAUACCGUACGUGGGCCAUCUUUUGCUCAGACUUUUGGAUCUUGGAAAUAAUUCGAACGAUUGUCACGACACCGUUGUCCACGUGCACGAUGGAAUAAAAAAUGCAAACGAUCUUUGCAAAAGAAUGUCUAUCGGCAAAAUAAGCGCGUCGGAUACGCGAUUGAAAAUUAAUCAGAAUAAUUUGGAGCAGAAGCAGGAGUCUAGAAAGAAUAUCUUUGCUUCCAUUUUGACGAGAAUGAAGAACAAAAAGGACGAAAAGACGAUUUACGAGGAGAAGGCGGAUGGGACGUGGACGAUCAAGGAACAGGAUUUAGCGUGGAAAUAUUUUUUUCGUUGGUACAACGCCGUUUUGAAGAGGAAAUUUCGUCACAAGGAAGAAGAGAGAUUAAGGGAUAUGGAUCCGAGGAUGAAACGAGUUCUAGAUGUCGUGACUUGGAUGGUGGAUUGUCAGAAACGGGCUCAAGGAUACAAUUUUCCCGGCCACUCGUUCACCAAGGAAUUCUUAUUGAAGACUCGAUACAGGGAGGAUCGGGAAAAUUUUUUUAUCAGCUUGAAAUUGGAACCCUCGAUGAUAACUUGAACAAAAGAAUUUAAGGAAACUUGGCAGUUUAUUGUCAACAAUAAGAAGGAAGGAAGACGAAUAAUAAGAGAAAGGAAUUUUUAAGUUAUUAUUAUCACUCGAAUAUUCGUUAGAUCGUCGAGAUAGAAUUAGAAAUGUUUUUAAAAAAAAAAAAUGUAUAAAAACAUUUGAUAAAUAGUAACGAUUAUUAAGUCUUCCUUACGAAGAUGGCUGAAGUUUUCAAUGCAAUUUAUGUAAUCCUCAAACGGCAUGAUUAAUCAUCGUCAUCGUCGAUCAGGAGUAAGUUGUACGCUACAAUAUAACGGUGGAUAUAAAUAAAAAAA